CUGGAUGUGACUAACUUCCUGCAAUGUAAGGAUGAUCUCCUGCAGUCAUUCUGCCAUGUUUUCAGUAUCCCAUCUGCAUUUUCCCAACAGAUUGUUGGAUUUUGGCUUCUAGAUCACGGAUUAGUAACAGAUUCAAUGGAUGUCUUACUGAGCCCAAGAGCUUGUCCUCCAACACUGUCAUGGCACCACUCUGCUGUUCUGAGGACCUUAUUGAGGACAGGAGAGAAUCAAGCAGCACUGAAGUAUCUAUACAGAAUCACACCAGCCAUGGAGAAUAUUCAUGAUAUCAAACUCUGUGUGGAUGUAUUAAUACAGAACAAACGUAUCUCUGCAGCCUGGGCUCUGCUCAGAGGACUUCAAACUGAAGAUGUUCAUCUGUUCAAACACUUCAUUCACGUCUGUGAGAAUCGUGGGAUUUGUAGUAAUACAUUGGCCACUCUAUGCGAGGGUAUGGCUCAUCUCCAUUUGACGGAAAGCCGAAAUAUGCAGUCUGAUGAAGCACAAAUACUGAAUCAAGAAACAAUAGGUCAACCUCCAAUAAGAACUGAACCAGGACAAACUCCUCGUCCACUGUCUGCAUGGCUGUACCAAAGGGAUGAUCCACUGACCCCAGGAGAUUUUGUCAAGAUACUAAGGCAGUCUAUUUCUGAAAUAUACCCACUACCAAAGAAAAGAAGCACAUCAGUGGACAUUCGCCAUGAGUUCGAGAAAGGAGCAGUUGAGGAAGAGUGUGAGGAAGACCUGCCUCUGCAGACAGAGGAGGAUAUGUAUGAUACAUUGCCAGUGUUCUCCUCUCCCUCCACAUCACCUGACAGCAUGGAGUCUGUAGGCUUCUUUACAUCUGCCUGCUCUUCACCAUCAGCUCUCUGCUCUGAAGCCCCAUCUGCACAGGAACCCAUCGUCCUAAAGCAGAACUCUUCCACCGUGCAUGAAGAUGACGACAAAACUCCCGCAGACUUGAUCUCUGGUUGUCCUGAUCUAACUCUCACACUAGAGGGCGCCACCGAGGCGCUAUCCAUCAACAGCCUGAGCAGGGAAAGCCUCGGUGAGGUUGUUGUCAGCUUAAUCAAAUUGUUUUACUUGAAUGUUUCCAUUAUAAUAUAGUCGACUUUUUUUUUUUAUUAAGUUAUAGAAAAGAUUUUAACUAGUAUGGUACCUGGAGACACCUCAAACUCAGCUACACAUGCAGAGAGAAGGCUCUUGAGCACACUUAACCUCCACCCUAACUGCUACAGUAAUGAGGACAAUCAGUCAGUGUGCUCAGUUCCCGAGAUCCCGACGGAGAGUCAUAACCUUUUAUCACCCAAUCAUGAGAAGUUCAUUUACCAUAAAACUGUGGAUAAUGCCGUUAGCGUCAAGCCCAAGAAUCUGACUGAGACCAAAGAGUGGUCACCAAAAGAGCCAAAAACAGAGUAUGAUCAACUGCAGGAUUCUGAUAGUGUUGAGGCGUCAGGGACAUCCAGCUUUCUGGAGCUGAAGCCGUUAGGGCGGGCUUUGUAUCUCUCACGGUUGGAGAGAUGCCAUGAAGACUCCUGUUGUGACUCUGAGGAUUCCGUAGACCAGCCAGAAAUCCUCACUUCCUGUGCCUUCACGGAUACCAUGCACGACCUCCUGGCUCAUCUCCAACAGGCUGACCUCUUAGCAGAAGAUCGAGAACCCUACCAGGCCUGUUCCUUAAGUGCCCUUAAAUGCUCCAUCAAGGAUAUGGACCUCAGCCUCAUUCAUCUCACCCAACGAUCCCAUCAGCUCCAGAAUCCUAUUGACUCCCACUCCAACCUCGCCUGCACCCCACAGCUCAGUCUCUGUCAGCAGUCCAGACACAGGUCCUCCAGUGAGUCGAGGGUCUCCAUCACAGAAGAAGCGGUGUGUUUCCGGACCACCUCAGACCGGGUGGGUCACUGUAAGCUGGGCAGCUGGUGGAAACAGGCGCUGGAAACUCGACGGGGUUCGACUGGGCUGCUUCCUGCCUUAGCGCAGGUUUCUCCUGUCACACGAGCCUCCUCUACAGAAAAGCGGGCAUCUCCUGACCUGCGACGUCCCCCACCUCAUGGGCUUGGAAGCUUCUUAGACUUUCCAUCCAAUCCACGAGUGGAAAAACGAGAGGUCAAACAGGCAGUGAAAGGUGAAUUAACAGGUCGGAGGGGAUCUUUUAGAGUGACCGUUAAUCAGAUGGAUCACGGAUCAACUUCACGCCAAGGCCGUCGAGGAAAAACAAGCAAACGAAUCAAACAAGCUUAAAAGAAAAAAAAAAAAAAAGUUGCUGUUUGCAUAUGUAGGAGACAACGAGUGUUGUAACAUCAUCAGUGUAACCAAUUAGAAAUUAAAUGAUUAAUUGU